UCCACAGGUGACUCCCAGCCAAGCACUAGUACUACCUCCUUCCAAAGAUGCGCGUAGCAAUAGUGGCCUUUAUUGUAUUGGUGGCCGUAGCCAUGGUUCUGGCCGACCCAGACCCAGGCUACGGCAAAGGACACGGCCACGGUGGCUACGGCAAAGGACACGGCCACGGUGGCUACGGCAAAGGACACGGCCACGGUGGAUACGGCAAAGGACACGGCCAUGGGUAUGGCAAAGGACACGGCCACGGUGGAUACGGCAAAGGACACGGACACGGUGGCUACGGCAAGGGGCACGGACAUGGUGGAUAUGGCAAAGGACACGGCCAUGGUGGAUAUGGAUACCAUUAACUUGCAGUGAUACGCAACGAAUUUUUUUUUUUAUCGAACGAAUAAAUAACAGUUAAUAUUU